AUGAUGAAUAUUGGAAUGUUAACACCAGAUCGUUUCCAUAUGGAACGAAGUCAUAGUUUAUUUGAAUUUCCAAGGCGAUUAUUUCUAAAUCCACUUGAUAUUGAUGAUGAAGAUGAUAAUAAUAAGAAUAAUGAUUCACCAUUUUCAAAUCGAUUUGGUCCAUGUGAUGAAGCAAUAUCAUCAACUAAAAAAAAACCUAAAGCAUGGUCAGUACGUGCACGAAGAGAUGAACCUAAUCUUUUACGUGGAGAUAGAUUUAUUCCACGUCGUAUUGAUCUUGAUUGUGAUUAUGCACUUGAUACACUUGUAUCACAAAAUCUUCAUAUUACUUCACGUUCUAUAUCAUAUAAUAAUGGAGAAAUAAUAUCAAAUGAACAUCAACAACAAUUAAUACGUCAACAACGUCGUAUACAAAAACGUUCAAAUCAACAAAUACAAUCAAAUUCAUCAAGAAAAACACUUGAAUUACUUGAACAUUUUAUGCCACAAAAUCGAAGAAUUUAUAAUUUUGGUGUUAAAACACUUAAACCACGACCUAUAGAUCCAAGUGAUCUUGCACGACAAAUUGAAGCAUUAACAAUUACAUCAAAAGAACGAUAUAUUAGUUCAACACCCGAACGUAUUCUUGAUGCACCAGAUUUAAUUGAUGAUUUUUAUUUAAAUUUAAUUGAUUGGGGUAAACCAACAAAUAUGAUUGCUGUUGCUUUAAUGAAUUGUGUUUUUCUUUGGGAUGAUAAUUCUGGUAAUGUAACAAAAUUACUUGAACUUAAACAACCAAAUAAUACAAAUGAUGAUUAUGAUGAUGAUGAUGAUGAUGAACAUAUACAUUAUGUAUCAAGUGUUGCAUGGCAUAGUAAAUCACCAUAUCUUGCUGUUGGUACAUCUUAUCAACAAGUUCAUAUUUAUGAUGUUAAUCAACAAAUAUGUAAAAGAAAAUUAAUUGAUGAAAAUAUGCUUGAUGAUGAUGAUCGUAUACCAUGUUUAGCAUGGAAUCAAAAUGUUAUUGCUUGUGGAACACGUAAUUCAGGUGAUAUUCUUCUAUAUGAUGUACGUCAAAAAGAUUGUAUUGUUAAAUUUCAAUCACAUUGUCAAGAAAUUUGUGGUCUUAAAUGGUGUCCUAAUGGACGAUAUUUAGCUAGUGGUAGUAAUGAUAAUACAGUUUGUGUAUGGGAUUUUCAUCAAUGGUAUUCAAAUAGUGGAACAUGUGGUAGUCUUUCAUCAUUAUUACCACCAGCUGAUGGUGAUAAAAAUAAAUCAAAUAUUUCAACAAAACCAUUAUGGCAUUUUAAAGAUCAUAAAGCAGCAGUUAAAGCUAUUGCAUGGUGUCCAUGGGAAGGAUCAAAAGUAUUAGCAACCGGUGGUGGUCAUUCAGAUGGUUAUCUACGUUUUUGGAAUAAUAGUAAUGGUACAUGUCAACAAUCUAUUAAAACUGAUUCACAAAUAUCAUCAAUACUUUGGUCAACAGAUUAUAAACAAAUUGUAACUGGUCAAGGUCAUCCAAAUAAUGUUAUACAUAUUUGGCAUUAUCCAUCAAUGUCAAAAUGUCAUACAUUACAGGGUCAUACAUCACGUAUUCUUUCAUUAAUAAUGGGUCCAAAAGGAAAUCCUAUUGUUAGUUUAUCAGCUGAUGAGACAAUUCGAUUUUGGAAUUGUUUUCCUGUUGAUGUACAACGAAAGAAAAAACUUGAAAUGACACGUACACAUUCAUAUCCAACUAAACUUAAUUUCAAUUGUCGAUAA